AUGAACCAUCAGGUGACUGAAAAAUGGCUCCGAAGCCAGCUGUUACCGAAUAUUCCCCCAGAGUCAGUUCUCGUAAUGGACAAUGCCCCUUAUCAUUCUGUUAAACUUGAUAAACCUCCAACGUCUAGAAAUACAAAUAGAGAAAUAAUAUCAUGGCUCGACAGCAAAGGCGAAAAUCCACCAGACAAUAAUACUAAAGCUGAAUCAUUGGAGUUAGCGAAGCCUAUUGCAGCCUCUAUCGGUUCAGUUUACGUUAAUGAUAAAAUAGCAUGUGACAAUGGACACAAAGUUGUAAGAUUGCCUCGUUACCAUUGUCAUUAUAAUGCCAUCGAAUUUAUUUGGGGACAGAUCAAGGGCUAUGUAGCAAAAAAGAAUAAUUUUAAAAUGGCUGACUUGAAAGCUUUACUGCAUGAAGCACUGAACUCUGUGACGCAGGAAAAUUGGUCAAAUGCUUUUAGGCAUGUGGAAACUAUCAUACUGAACGAUACUGCAAAUGUGUCAAUAAAUAAUUUUGUAGAAGAAUUCAUGAUAAAUAUAGAAUAUUCUGAUGCAAGAAGUUGCUGUUAA